AUGCGUUAUUAUCAACACAUAAUUGUUGCUGCUUUACUUAUGCAAUUAUUUGUUUCAUGUUUGGCUCGAACAAGAUUUAUACCUGAUCCAUGGCCAGCAUCAUCAGCCAAUUGGAAUGAAAUUGAUGAUACUUCUAGCAACGACAACAAUGGCAAUAAUGAUAAUGAUGUAGCUGAUCGAACUGGUCCUCUAACAUUCAAAGCCAAAAAAGCGUUACAUGGUGGUUUUCCUUUUGGUAGUGAAGAACGGCGGAAAAAAUAUCUCGGAGAAUCAGCAAAUUUCCAUGGUGGACAUAGUCUUCAAGGUCUAUGGGCAAUGCCAGGUCGACGUUAA